UCUGGACUGUUGACCUCUUUAGAAAAGCAACGGACCAAAACAAUAAUCUGGAGCAGAGAUACAAGCUCAGAAUUGUGUCUCUGUGUGUAUAAAAAGUAGACUGCGGCCGGACUUCGAACUUCGAGCUCAAACUUUGCUCUUCGUGCAACGUUUUAGAAUUCGUUAAGUCUAGAAUCUAGAUUCUAGUUAUAAUAGAUAGAGGUGACAAGGUAGAGACUAACUAAUUUGCAAAACUACUGACUUUCUUCAGUCUUGAGGAGCUCGCUGAGCAAAAAAAAAGUAAACAAGCUUGCUGCACUUUGUUGGAGUGGAUCUGAAGUGUCAAGAUCCAAAAAAAAGGUCUCGCCAGUCAGUCAGUCCUGUCAGCCUGUCGGAGUGUGUUAAUAAACCAGUCACCAUGAAAUCAGCUCUUAUCAUUGGAGCCACACGGGGCAUUGGAAGGCAGAUUGCGAAGACUUUUUCAGAGAAUGGUUACAGAGUCUGCGUUUCAGCGAAGACUACAGAGUCUACGGAGAAGACACCAGGGUCAGUGUAUGAUGUGGCUAAUGAAAUUGUACAGAAUGGAGGAGAGGCCUUCCCUAUCAAAUGUGAUGUAAGGUCUGAUGAGAACGUUCAGGCAACUAUUGACACCUGCAUCGAAAAAUUUGGACAAAUCGAUGUUGCAGUGUAUAAUGCAGGAGCUAUUCUGUGGAAACCUGUUGUGGAGACACCCCUCAAGCGAUGGGAUUUGAUGAAUGAGGUCAAUGCGAGGGGGUCUUACAGCAUGGUGACAAAAUUACUGCCUCAUAUGCUAGAUCGAAAAAGUGGAAGACUUAUUCUUGUCGCGCCACCAAUCUACAACAGGUUUUUCAAAGGAAAAACACCGUACUCAAUGACGAAGAUUGCCAUGACAACUCUUGUUCAUGGGCUGGCUAACGAGCUGGCAGGGACUGGCGUUUCCAUCAGUGCCAUUUGGCCGGCCACUGUUGUCGAAAGUCAAGUGACUGUUGUGCAAAAAAUACCCCCUGCAUAUUAUCGAAAGGCCACAGUAUUUGCGGAUGCUUGUCUUGGGAUUGCAGAAGAAAAAUCUGAAAAGCUCAAUGGUAAGGCACUGCUUGAUGAGGAUUACCUGAGGUCAGAGGGAGUGAGCGACUUCACAAAGUAUCGGGCUGACCCUGACAAGGAACCUCCACGAAUGAUGCCCAAAGAGCUUCCGUCGCUUUUGGUGGCCGAGGAAAAUGAUCCUCCGUUGUCGUCCAACUUGUGAGCUGUUCUCGUCUAAGAUCAAACGUUCAAGGGAGAUUGGCGGCAGAAUGUUUGCUAAGUGCCAGUGUAGCAAAGUUUGUUUUACUAAGUGCCUAGUUUAUCAAGGUUUGUGUUGAGAGUCAGGGAACACGGAACUCAGGAUUUCAGUAAUACUAUUGUUGAUGCCAUUGUUGUUGUUGCUGCUCUAACUUUUUAUAGAUCUAAGCACUGUCUCGCUUGCCCAUAGCGAAACAGGCACAAUGCGAACAGAUUUUAAAGGCUCAAUUUUUUUCUGAUACGUGUAUUUCUUUUUAUAUUUAAAAUACGUACGUUGAGAAAUUUGUAAAUAGUGAAAAUAGGUUUGCGUGUCCAUUUUGUUUUCGCUCUGUGUGUGGCAGACUGAAUGUUGAAAAAGCUGUUGUAUUCGCCCAAAUAAUAUGAAAGAUAUUUGUGAAAUGUAUCUCUGUGUUUUUGUUCAUGCUUAUUGUUCCAUUCCUAAUUGUAUUUCACUGGGGACAUUCAAGUGUUCGGAUUAGAAAUUCGGAAUCGUAAUAAGGUUGAUUAGAUUCUCAGUGGUGUGGUUAAACCGUCAUAGAUGAGCGACGAGAAGAACAUGAACGCAGCAAAGAUCAUGUAGUGCUUAAAAAAAAAAGAGUAAAGUUGACAGAAAGAGAAAGU